AUGCCAGACAAGAGCGUCUAUGCGCCGGCGAACGAGAAGAAGAGCAAUGCGACAUCUACCUCAUCCAAAACAGGCUUCCACUUCGCAGCCGGACUGUGCUCAGGCCUAACCUCCUCAAUCCUCCUCCAGCCCGCCGACCUCCUCAAGACUCGAGUCCAGCAAGCCGGCAAAGCCAAUGCUCUUCUCCCCACACUGAAGGCGAUCCUCUCCUCUCAAAAUCCCAUUCGCGGCCUAUGGCGCGGAACAUUACCCUCGGCCCUUCGCACAGGCUUCGGUUCCGCCUUAUAUUUCACAAGCCUAAACGCCCUGCGACAGACCAUCGCACAGGCCAAUGCUCCCCUCGUCCUCAACAACUCCGUUUCCGCAGCUGUGAAUUCCUCCUCCGCGCUACCAAAGCUCUCCAAUACCGCCAACUUGGCUACAGGCGCAGUCGCCCGUGUCGCGGCAGGCUUCGUGAUGAUGCCCGUAACCGUGCUGAAAGUGCGAUACGAGUCAGACUUCUACGCCUACCGCAGUCUCUGGAGCGCCGGUCGCGAUAUCGUUCGCACCGAAGGUCUCCGAGGACUCUUCGCGGGCUUCGGCGCCACGGCUGCCCGAGACGCUCCAUACGCGGGCCUGUACGUCCUCCUCUACGAGCAAUUGAAGCGUCGUCUCGCACACAUGAUGACGACUGACGCGACGCACUCCUCGGACGGAAAACCCCGGUCAAAUGCGUCCCUGUCAUCGUCCUCCAUCAAUUUCGUCUCCGGAGCGGCGGCAGCCGGUCUGGCCACCGCUAUCACCAAUCCCUUUGACGCGGUGAAAACUCGCCUGCAACUCAUGCCCGCCAAGUAUGGGAACAUGGUCCGUGCGGUGCGCUUGAUGGUCCGAGAGGACGGAAUGCGCAGCCUGCUGGGAGGUCUGGGGCUACGCAUGGGUCGGAAGGCGUUGAGUUCUGCGCUGGCCUGGACCGUGUAUGAGGAGUUGAUUCUUCGAGCCGAAAAGAGGUGGGCGGCUAAACAUGAGAUGGGUCUGUGA